AUGUCCACCACCACCGCCACCACCACUAUUCCCGAGGGCAACGUCGGCAACCUGACGACCCAGCAGGAGGCCAAGCUCCGCCAGUUCUGGGGCACCAUCUUCAAGCUCUAUGACCUGUACGAGUCCAAGGACCCCGAGGUCCAGGCCGCGCUCAAGAAUUGCGCCACUCAGGCCAAUGCGCCCGUUCAAAAGUCUCGCUUCGGCCUCUUUGGCGGCGGCAAGAAGGCCAGCGCCGAGGACACCAAUGCCAUCGCCCUUGUUGAGAAGCAACUCGGCCUCGGUGCCGCCGACGAGAAUGACAAGUUUGGUCUGCGCAAGCAGUUCAUGGAGAUGCUCAGCAAGCACUCUGCCGAGUCUGCGCGUGCCAUGAUCCUCGAGGCUGUCAAGCAUGAUCACCCUGACGCCCUCGCGCUGCGCUUCCUGCGUGCCCGCAAGUGGGAGGUUGACAAGGGUAUCAUCAUGAUGUUCUCCGCCAUGGACUGGCGCACAUCCAAGUCCAAGGUGGACUCUGACAUCAUGUACAAUGGUGAGGCUGGCGGCGCUCGCGAUGAGAAGAGCUCCGACCCCAACACCAAGGUCCUCGCCCACGACUUUAUGCGCCAGCUUCGCAUGGGCAAGGGUUUCCUCCACGGCACCGACAAGGAGGGCCGUCCCAUCAGCUACGUCCGCGCCCGCCUGCACAAGCCGUUUGAUGGCAAGAAUGAGUCUCUGGAGCGCUUCAUCGUCUACAACAUUGAGACUGGUCGCAUGGUCCUCAACCCUCCCAUUGAGACUGCCUGCCUCGUUUUUGACCUGAGCGGCUUCACCCUGGCCAACCUGGACUACGUCCCCAUCAAGUACAUUAUCCAAUCCUUCGAGGCCAACUACCCCGAGUCGCUCGGUGUCAUUCUUGUGCACAACGCCCCGUGGGUCUUCAAGAGCGUCUGGAAGAUCAUCCACGGCUGGCUGGACCCCGUCGUCGCCAGCAAGGUGCACUUCACCAACGGCCGCGACGGUGCCGACGGCAUCACCAACCACAUUGCGCCCGACAGGCUCAUCAAGGAGCUCGGUGGUGACCUGGACUGGGAGUACAAGUACGUCGAGCCCGUCGAGGGCGAGAACGACAUCAUGAAGGACACGGCCACGCGCGACCGCCUGCAGGCCGAGCGCCAGGAGAUUGCCAACAGGUUCGAGGCUGCCACGAGAAAGUGGGUUGAGGCGUCGACGCCCGAGAUCAACGCCGAGCGCGCCAGCCUGGCCAAGGAGCUGUGCGUCAACUACUGGAAGCUGGACCCGUACAUCCGCGCCCGCAGCCUGUACGACCGCAACGGCAACAUGCGCGGCGGGAAGAAGGUGGCCUGGUACGAGGACGAGAAGGCCGCCGCCGCCGCCGAGGACAAGGCCGCCGACAACGCUACGGUCAAGUCGGAGGAGACGUUUGUCGAUGCCGGCACCGACGGCGAGUUGGCCGCGACUGCCAAGGCUGUUGACGCCCUCAACAUUGACGAAAAGACUCCUCUGCCCACCACCACCAACGCCGUUGCUGCGUAA